ACACCGGGCGAUUCAGCAGCUUGUGCUCGAAGGAGCCGUCAACUGUGUCGCCCGUCGAGCCUCUUCACGGUCGUGGAUCAAAAUAGAGACCGACAGCAGAAGCAGCGGACGCUCUGUCACGGGACGGGAGAUGGACAACAAUAAACGAACGGUGGUCGUCACAGGUUUUGGGCCAUUUGGAGAGCACACAGUCAACGCCAGCUGGGUAGCAGUACAGGAACUAAAGAAGCUUGGACUGGGCAGUGAAGUGGACUUGCAUGUGUACGAGGUUCCUGUAGAGUACCAGACAGUCCAGAGUUUGGUACCAUCAUUAUGGAAGCAGUAUCAUCCACAGUUGGUAGUUCAUGUUGGAGUCUCGGGCAUGGCCACCACUGUCACAUUGGAGAAGUGUGGCAGAAAUCAUGGCUACAAGGGUCUGGACAACAGCAGCUUCUGUCCUGAUUCGCAGUGUUGCAUUGUGGGAGGCCCAGACUGCAUCGACUCAGUUAUUGACAUGGAAUCGGUCUGUAAGAGAGUGACCGCCUCAGGGCCGGGAGUAACUGUGUCCGUCUCCAAAGAUGCUGGAAGAUAUCUCUGUGACUUCACCUACUACACGUCUCUAUACCUGAGCCGCGGUCGCUCUGCCUUCAUCCACGUGCCUCCUCUCGGAAAGCCUUACAGCGGGGAAGACCUGGGUCGCGCACUGAAGGCCAUCGUCCAGGAGAUGCUGGAGCUCCUUGACCAGGCUGAGGAGAAGAUACACUGCCAGCAGCAUUUCCACUAAGUGACCUCCAGAUGCCAACGAGCCCCUCCAGCACUCGCCACACAAGAGAAAUUGCACUUAACCACAAGUAGCCAAACUUCUUUCUAUUUUUUAAACGUUUGUUUCAAUUAAAAACGUCAGCAUAUUGGGUGUUUUAAGCUUCUGUUAGUCUUAGGUUUUUCCUUCUUGUUUUGUUUAGCCUGAUUUGGUUUUUGUUUUAUUGUCUCCCGAUAGUUAGAAAAUAAACUGGGAGUCUAAAGACAACCUUUUGGUCACACUGUAACCUAAGCUUUCCUCCCACUUCAAAGGAACAUGAAACAGCAUGACUUUGGAGUUUUAAAAAACAUGGAAAAUACAAAAAUAGGUCCAUACGUAAACACAGCAGCAAAGUGCCGAUAUUAUGACGUGUAAUCCCCAAAGUGGCUGCUAUUAUUGCACCUUAUAGGGUUAGGGCUAUUGAAAGUCACAUUUGGGGAACCAGCAAAAUGUACUCCAUCCUCUGGUCCAUAAUCUUUCAGUCAAUGGGUGUUUCUAUGUGGAUGUCUAUAAAUGGUUAAUGUUUAUGAUACAUUGUUGUUUAAGUAGAAAUGUUUAGCAGUAACCUGGUAGUGUCAGUUCCCUCCACAUGUCUUUCCAGCGGCUCUAAAGCCUACCUGUGCUGUUUCACAAUUUAUGUUGAAUUAUUUCUGGAGUCCUUUUUCUUUAUAAGAAGUUGUGAAUUUGCCUUCUUUUACAAAGGUUAUUUUAAUCAGGGAACGGGUUGGUUCCAGCUCAUUCUCCUCUCCCAGUUUGUCAGCCCAAUUCUGACAGAGAACCCCAAAGUGACCUCACUGAGAUCUGGCCCCAGGCUGUGCAAUGUUGUUUUAACAGAUCUCAAGUCGGUCUGAUCAGUUCACAUCAUGGUAAUGUCAAAUAUAUGUCGCUGCACAUUUACCUUAGAGAUUUAACGAUUAACUGCUUUAAAACAAACGGCUCCUCUGUGUGAGCCGUUUCACUUCAUAAUCUUGUUUUUUUCAUUGCAAAAUUCAAGCUAUUGCAGGAAACUAGGUUUUUCUGUAUUCAGUAAUUGUGCAGUCCUAAUUGGCAUCAGUAGUUUAAAAAUUUAUUUUGCUUCUAGCAUUGAAUCAAACGUAGUGUGGUGACUUUAAACUUGGUUCAGUCAGAGUUGGGCCUAGACUUUAGUUUCUGCACUUAGUUUUUUUUCUCUCCAUUUUUACUAAAUCUGGAAUUUGGACAUCAUUUGAAUAGCAUUUAUUUUUAUUUUUAUUUUUCCCGUCACUUUAACUUUAAGAUAUGUAGCUUUGCGGACAUACACACACCCAUUCCAUUUUGAACUCCCCUCCCUCCAAGAAUGAUCAUUAUGCAUGUGUGUUAUGCUUUAUAGGUGACUUGUGCUUUAUUUUCCCUGAGCUUUAGUUUGUUCUAACCUGUUAAAACAAACAGUGUGUAUUAUUUUAUUGUGUCUGACAGUGCCACGACAGAUUUAGAUGUUCUCCUUACUGGCAUUGUCCUUUUCACAGCAUUUCUGUGGCUGCUGAGUCGUCACUGAGGACUGCCAACAAUGGUGGCAUUUAAUUGUCUACAAACUCUGUGUAUCCCCAACCAAACUGUCUGUAUCUACAGUAAACUGUGGGAAACUGUAGUAGUUAAACUGUCAAAGCUGUAUAAGCUCAGAUGACAUUUUUAUCUUAGCCUUACUCGGCUGCGUGGUUUAAAACUAAUGGAAUUAUUAAAAUGAUGGGCGGGUUUUAGAUUUAGAGUAUGCAGGUGCUGAUAUAUUUUACCGUGUGGCUUUAUGAGUGCUGAGAAAUGACAGGGUUGUGGUAGAGUUGCUCCUAAAAUGUCUGCUCUCAAAUGUGAAAGCCUCAAGUUUACAUAUAAGGUGAACUCUGGCCCUGACUCUUUCCUGUGCCUUGCCAUUGUUUAUGUAUGCUAUGAAAAGGCCUUAAAAAUGCUCAGUGGGUCAGUUCAGAGAUAUAUUACUGAUGCUGUCCAGUCAGAUGUGUGGCUACCUCAAAAAUACUUUUUUAAGUGUGCUCUGUUGUACAAUAACAUAAUGGCUCUGUGAUUAUUGUUAGUUCCUGUGUUUCGGGGUAUCCUGGGAAAAGGUGUCUCCUACCUCUGACAUUAACAAAGCAUUGUUACAACAUGUAAUCUUGGCUUUGUAAAAGAUACGUCUUUGAAUUAAAGAGAAUCAAUGGAUCACAA